AUGUCAUGUCUGGGGGACACAAUGGAACAAACGGUGUUGCGACCCAAGGAGGGAUGUGCCUGCGAACCAGGCGUUAGGGCUGGCAUGAUCCUGAGUUGGGGACACGGACCCCGUACAGGCACUAUCAUACUACGGAGGAGAGAUGUAAGUAAUUGUUCUCCGAACACAAAACACAAGGCGACCAUCCACGGACUCUAUGAUUUGGGUUCUUACAGCCACGACAUCACUGCCAUCUGCCCCCGCAAAAAGGAGCGUGGCAUUAGAAGUUCACUCUGGCUGUGGCAGUAUCGGCCGUCAGCACAGCCCCCUGCCGCCCAGCCAGGGGGGAAUCGCAAAGGGGGUGACUGCGAGGGUACAUCCAUCGCCAUACAGGGUCGCGGCGCCCGACAUGUCACUGCAAGGUCACCUACAGGUCUCACCGGCGGCUGUCUGGCCUGGCCUGGCCUGGGCCACGGGGGCUCUCCAAAGCCGCCAAAUUUCCCGUCUCUGGGCUGA